UGUGAAAUAAAUGUUUGAAUCUCUUGCAAACAUUUGAGUUUUCCCGCCGCGUACAGCGGAAAUGGGCUAAUUGUGGUUAGCUUCCACCGGCUAGCGAUGACUUUGGAUCGCAGGGGGCACUUCUGGAUGUUGGCGGUUAUUUUAAUAUUAUUAUUUGUGUUAUUUGUACACUAACACGAUGCCCCAGAACACGCCGCCCUGUGUGUGUCUCUAGUUGUUAAACACUUGGUUCUACGAUGGUUCUUCUCGUUGUUUUGAGGAGCUUCUCUUCUCUGUGCGCACAUCGGACGCGCAACUUCCGCUUCUGGUGUGCACCUGCGGGACGUCCCGAACCGAACUUCCUCCGGGUUCCCCCCCGCACAGCAACGCGCGGGGUCCUAUCACGGUUCCGUCCUCCGUCGCUGCCCGGCGAUGAGAGGGUCCGGGUACGGGGGGGUCACCCGUUCCACACCUCGGCCCCGCUGCGCGCCCUGCCCGCCCCCCUCCUCUGGAUGCUGCUCAAACCCGCGCAGAAGCUCGCCGCCAUCAUCCUGGGCAGGAGCAUCAGGAAGUGGUGGGCGGCCCUGCCGACUGACCGGCGCCAGCUGGCCCGCCAGUGGGUCCACCGACGCCGCUGGCAUCUGGCGGCAGGGGUCAGCGUUGCCAUGGUGAUCGUGGGCCUCCUCCUUCUGACCCACCUGGACGAGUCCCCGGUGACGGGACGGACCCGUCUCCUGGUCUUCAGCAGGGAGACGCACAUGGAGCUUGCAGCUUGGACAUCAGAGUCGUACAUGCAGGAGUUUGCGGAGCUGCUGGUUCCGGUCAGCGACCCCCGUCACCAGGUGGUGGAGCGGGUGGUGCAGCACCUGGCCCAGAGGAACGAGGACGUCCCGGAGGUGUCGGCGGUGAGCUGGAGCGUCCACGUGGUGCAGAGUCCGUCCGUCAACGCCUUCAUCCUGCCGAAUGGGGAGGUGUUCAUCUUCACAGGGAUGCUGGAGGCUGUGGCGGAUGUCCACCAGCUCACCGUGGUGCUGGGACACGAGAUGGCUCACGCCGUGCUGGGACACUCGGCAGAGCAGGCCAGCCUGUCUCACGUCGUGGACCUCCUGUCCCUGGUCCUUCUGACAGCCAUCUGGGCCCUGUGUCCCCGGGACAGCCUGGCUCUGCUGGGACACUGGGCUCAGGAGAAGCUGUCCCAGGUGAUGUUCAGUCGUCCCUUCAGCAGGAAACUGGAGGCUGAGGCCGACAUGGUCGGACUGCAGUUAGCUGCAAAGGCGUGUGCAGAUGUGCGAGCGGGACCCGUCUUCUGGCAGCAGAUGGAGAUCAGAGAGCAGCUCAUGGGCGAGUCCUCCGUCCCCGAGUGGCUGUCCACCCACCCGUCCCACAAGAACCGCUUCACACAGCUGGACCGCCUCCUGCCGCAGGCCCUGGCGUUGAGGGACAGCUGCUCCUGUCCGUCUCUUCCUGCCAGCGACCCGCGCGCCGUCUUCUCCCAGAGUGUGCGCGUGCUGCUGGACGCCGCCAAGCAGGGGGAGGGAGGAGGUCCACAGGGGGCCCCGAAGCCCCCCCCCACCGCGCCGCCCCCCCACACUGGAGGUGCAAUCGGGGCAUUGAAAGCCCCAUUGGGAGCUUCACAGUCAGCCGUAGCACGUCCCUGAGGGGGGGUCAGCUGACACAGUUUUUAAAUCCUCAUUUUUUAACAAGGCGAGUGAGAAAAUGUUGGAGGAGAAGGUGGGGGGGUGUGGGGGGGAGGGGGGGGGCAUGGCUCAUGUCUCGUGUGUGUGUUGAAAAACGGUUCCUUAUCUGUGCGAAAGGAUUCCUGUUCUGUUGGAGAUAAACUGGACACGAUGGGGGGGCUACAUGAACAUGAC